CUGAACUCCUUUUGAAUUCUCGAUCUCUUCUCCCCUAAACCCUGUUAAAAAUGCUCUCUCUGCGUUCGCUUCUCUGUAAAACCCCAAAAUCAUCACCAUUUCUGUGUGCUUUCUCUACCCAAAGCUCAACCGAUGCCGGCGCAACGCCGGAGACUCUGACGACGUCGAAAUACGAUGAGCUGAUUAAUAAAGCCGGCCGGAAUGGGGACUUCGACGCCGUCCAAUCCCUCCUCGAGCAGCGGGGUAAAGACGGCUUAUUCUGCACCAACUACACCUUCAAGUUCGUUUCCCAUGACGUCUCUAAGCUCGACGAUCUUCUUGCAGCGCUAUCUCGCGUCGACCAGCGCUUCGCCAGGAAGAGCGCGCACGACUGCCUCGUGGCUCGCCUCUCGAAGCUUCAUCACUUGCCGCAGGCGCUGCGCGUGGCCGAGAUCGUGGUGCGCGAGGGCUACGGCUCCAACGCCGUCACUUUCCACCCUAUUCUCAACGAGCUCACUAAGAUGAGGAAGUUCAAGGAGGCGUGGCGCGUGGUGGAGGCGAUGAAGGACUUGAAAGUCCGCCCGGAUCUCACCGCCUACAACUACAUACUCACCGGCUAUUGCUACGUCCGCGAUCUAACCUCAGCCGCCGGAGUUCUCACCAAAUUGGAGAAUGAGAAGCUGGGAGCGGACACCAGGACGUACGACGCGCUGGUUUUGGGCGCGUGCAGGGCCGGAAAACCAGACGCAGCGCUGAGGCUGCUGAUUAGAAUGGUGGACGAGGGGAUUUCGCCGUUGUAUUCAACACACGCGCACAUUAUCGGAUCAAUGGUGAGGCUAGGUUUUCAUGCGCAGGCGCUGGAGUUCGUAAUGACCUAUUCUGGGAGAGACUUGAAAUUAGAUUACGAGAAUUUCGGGACAUUGGCGACGAAAUUGAUUCACAGGAGGAGAUUUGAAGAUGCCAAAGUAGUUGUAAAAGAGAUGAAGCAAAGGGGUAUAGAAAUGGGGGAGAAAUUGAAGGAGUUUUAUGAUAUGCACGCCAUAGAUGAGCAUGAUGCAGCUGGAAAGACUGAGUAAAUUUUAACUUGGAUCUUCUCUGCAUUUGCCAUUUGGAGGAGAAAGAAAAAUUUUCUGCUAAAAGACAUUCUUCUUUUAGGAUAAUUACUCGACCGCCUAAGUGGUGACUAGACGCCACUCAGAUGCCCGACUAGUGCCUAGCGCCUUUUGCGAAGUUUAUUAUGCAUUUUGAUUUUGGUAUAUUUUUCAUGAUGAGAACAGUGUUGAGUGAUCUCCAGCAAAACAUGGGUGUUGUUAAAAUCUUAUUUGCAGAAAUCCUCCUCAUCUUAUGAGUGUAUUCAGUAGCAGAAUUGUUGUGUGUUCAGCUAUUAAUAAACUGCAAUACACUGUUUUAUUCAUUGUAUUGGUUGACAUUCUUUGUAUGAAAACUGUCUGAAAAUUCUAGGGAUCAGUCCACAUUGUUGAGUUGCAACAA